CUGAAAGGGUUGUGUUUCAGCUGUAUUUGGGUACUGCUGAAUGGGCUCAGCUUUCAUGCUUGCUGGAUCCCACUGAAAACUCACUGAGGGUGAAGGAAAACAUGGAAACACUCUCCCUUGCUUCAUCCCAGAUGACUGAGGGUUCCUCCACACUUUGGGAUGUGUUAACAGGGGCUUUUUCCCAGGGUGAAUGAAUGCUGAUGAGGUCUCCCACUUUUACCCCAGCCCAUUGCCCAUCCCCAUGGGACAAGGAGCACUCUGAAACCCUCCUUGCUGCUCCUCUUUGCUUUGCUUCAUGCCACAACAUGCCAGGGCAUCCUGUGCUGCCUGUUGAGUGAGGCAGCAUUUUGCCUGCAGGGAAGAAGGACCCUCAGGGCUGGCUGGUGGUGCCAAUGCUCCCAUCUGCAGGAUGGGCUGUGGAGUCUGCAGUGUGAUGGGGAGACUGCUGGGGGUGAUGGGAGGACUGAUGGGAGUGCUGGGGGAGUGAUGGGGAAGGCUGGUGCUGGAUGAAAUCUUGUUGUUAAAGACUUGUGCUCUGGGUGUUGAGCUGGGUCAGAAGAGCAGCAUGACUUCUGCCCCAGGUACUACUCUUUGGAGACAGGAUUUAUGGAUCCCUUUGUACCUCAGGGUGCUCCACACCUGCAGCACCUGUAGAGAAGCAGCAGAUCAUUGUCCCCUUUCAUGUGCCCUUAGGAGUGAGCCAGGCAUCCCUUCUACCUUGGGACUGGAGGCUGAGGAUGGGACAGCCUCAGUUCCUCUCCUCUUUGGGGUUUUUCCUUUUCCUCCCUUGCUUGCCACUGUGUCUCUCCUGGGGCUGUGUGCUGUGAGGAUGCCUUGGGGUCACAAGCUGUGUGGUGUUGCUGGCUGAUGGGGUGACUGUGCUUCAUCACCUGCACCCCACGAGAGGAGUGGGCCUGAGGGACAUGGACUCACACCCUGAGCCAUGCUGUGGCCCCACUGGGUGCCCUGGCUGACAGUCCUAUGUCACAAGGGUCCUGUUCUCCUGCUGGGCUCCCUGGCAGGAUGUGCCAGGCAUACACUCCUCCAGCCAGCCUGCCACACAUUCCCCAGCCUGGAUUCUUGCAUUUCCUCCCCCAAAAUAACACUGUCUGCACCAAGAUCUGCAGCCAGCAUCAGCAGCUGGUCCCUUGACAAAGCAAGAAGCCCUCCAAGCCCAUGAGGCUCCAUUUUAGUCCAAAAAUAUGCUGUUUGCAGAAGUGCCUGGGUGCUGGGCUGGGUCUGCAAGGCCUGGCUUGGGGAGGGAGUCUCCAACAUUCCCAGCAGUGCCCACUCACCCAUGGAGUUAUUUCCUUAAAGCCCCAGCUCCUGGAGUCUUGCCACCCCUGGAGGAGCUCAGCUUUUGCCAAAGACCUCACCAUCAUGGACAAUCUGGGAAGAGGCUGCAUGGGAGCACCCUGCAGGGAAACCCCAAAAGCAGGAAUGCAAACAAACCCCCUUUGUGCUCCUAAAGAGGUCUGGGGAGAGGAUUGAGAGUUGUGCUGUGGUUUGCAGGUAGAGCUGCUGCAUUUCCUCAGAGCUUGGGCUCAGCCCAAGGAGUUUGACCAUUGACCAGCUCUUGAAGAGGGAUCUGCCCUGACCUCCAAGGCUUGGGGAAGCUCUCACCUCAGAGUUUGGCUUUCCAGCCCCUGGUGCUGCUGUGCCCACACGGGGAGGGCAGCAGGGAUGCAGCAGGACUGGUCUGAGCAUCAUCCCCACCAUGUGUUCAGAGGUCUUCAGCUUCCCUCCAUCCCUCUGGGCACCCAACUAAGGGAGGAGAGAGAGACCUGCUCAGGGCCACCCAUGCUGGAGCUGCCCUGGUCAGGUGGGCUCCUUGCCACAGCGUGUUUGGGUUUACAGUGGCACUGCAGCAGCCUGGAAAAUGGGGGUGAAAGUGUGGCUGCCUCAAGGCUGCCAAUUCAGGGGCACCCAACCCUGAAGGUGAAUCUUGUUGGGCCCCAAGGUAAUCUCACCUGCAGUACAGGUGGGUUCAGGGAUGGUGGGGAUUGAGCAAAUCCCCCCUGUUGUUAGGUUGUGAGCAACUGACAAGCUGCCUCUAACCCUCUGCUGCCCCUGAGCUGGAGACCUGGGGGAAAAAUCCCCCUGGGGUUGGUGGGGGUGGAACUGGGGAAGAAGGAGCAGGGCUGCUGGAGGAGGAGCAGGCACUGAAGAGUUAAUGGGGAGUGUUUGCAGCCGAUCCCUUGUCACCAAGGAGCACAGAACAGCACUUGGGAAGAAAACAAACCACCCACUGCCCAGGAGGGUGAUUUCCUUUGCCCACACAGCCCCGGGGACCCUGUGGGACGGUGCCACUGAGCCUGGUGGCAGAGAGUGAGCAGCAGCAGUCUUAUGGCAAGAUGUGGAGCCCCCCGAGCGCGGCGGUGCGCAGCAUCCGUCCCUACAAGUCCAGCGAGCAGUACCUGUACGCCAUGAAGGAGGACUUGGCCGAGUGGCUGAAGGAGCUGUAUGAGCUGGACAUCGAGGUGGGCACCUUUGUGGAGGUCCUGGAGACGGGGGCUGUGCUCUGCUCCCACGCCAACAACGUCACGCACGUGGCCGGGGAGUUCGCCCGCUCCUGCCCGGCUGCAGCCCAGCGCCUGCGGCUGCCCGGCGCCGGCGUCUCCUGCAACCUCACGGCACAGCCGGGCACCUUCCAGGCCAGGGACAACGUCUCCAACUUCAUCCAGUGGUGCAGGAAGGAGAUGGAUAUUAAAGAUGUGCUGAUGUUUGAGACAGAGGACCUGGUGCUGAGGAAGAACGAGAAGAACUUUGUGCUGUGCCUGCUGGAGCUGGCACGCCGUGCCGCCCGCUUCGGCAUGCCCGCCCCGACCCUCGUGCAGCUGGAGCAGGAGAUUGAGGAGGAGCUCCAGCAGGGCCUGGACCUGCCACCCACUGACAAACCCCGUCCCCCUGCCCCCAGGAACCUCAACAACCUUGACCAAAUGGUCCAGCACCUGGUGAGUCGCUGCACCUGCCCUGUCCAGUUCCCCAUGAUGAAGAUAUCGGAUGGCAAAUACCGUGUGGGUGACUCUGACACCCUCAUCUUUGUCCGGCCCCGGCAUGCCGCGCAGAUCCUGCGGGAACACGUCAUGGUGCGGGUCGGGGGCGGCUGGGACACGCUGGAGCAUUACCUGGACAAGCACGACCCUUGUCGCUGCACCUCGCUCUCUCACAAACAAGCCUGGAAAACCAAGAGCCCCCAGCAGCAAGUGCAGCACGAGAUCUGCCUGUGCCCAGCCUCGAAGGUGGCUGCUCGGGGCCAGUCCCAGCCCACGCUGCUGGUCAACCGCUCCCAGAGCCCCCUGCCCCCCGUUGCCUGGGCUGCCCGUGUGCCCCCCGGCCCCCAGCCCCCUGCCACCCCCUCACCAGAGGGCUCAGGGCACCCACUGGGCACCAGCCCGUGCCAGGAGCUGCUGCAGCCCCGGAGGGUCCCUUCAGGCAGGACACGGGAGCCAGCGGCUUCCCCUUCGAGGAGGCAGCUGCCACUGGCCAAGUCACCUGCUGGACCCAGCUCCCUCGGCCAUGGGGCAACAGGCCGGGCACCAACCCCUUCCCAGCUGGGCCCUGGCACUCAGGGCACUGUGGGGGUCCCCAGGGUGCUGCGUGGGAGCACCCCAGGGAAAACCCCUGUGGCAGUGGCACGGGGCAGGUCCCCAGCCCCCAGCCCCCAGCUCACACCAGCAGCUCCAAAACGCAGCCAGCACAAAGGCAAAUCGGCUGUGGCGGCUGCCAGGCUGCAGGAAAGGGGUGUCCCUGGCACAGUGGCACCCUGUGCCCCCAGCCCCAACAAAGCCUGUGCCCCCUCCCCACGCCAGGAGGCUCGGGGACUCUCACAGAGCCAAAGAAGCCCAUGGGCAAGGAGCCAGGGAGCCCUUGGACAGGGCCAAGUGCCCUCACCCCAAAACCCCUCCAGCCAGCCUCCAAAACGGGACCUGAGCAUUAAACCCCCUGCCAAAGCCAUCGUGGCUGCCUGCCGGCCCCACACCCCCCUGGCCCCUUGUGCAGAUGGGGCCAAGGGCUGUGCUGCUGGGGAGGGUCCCCGGGGGCUGAGGCAGUGCCAGGCAGCCCCCAGCCCAAGCGCUGCAGGUGCUGAGGGACCCAAGGGGCCGGCAGAUGAGCCAGUGGGAGCCUGUGCUGGCCCCGAUGGGGGGAUGGAGGGGCUGGGGGGCUGCUGGGGGCACACACAGCCCCCUGGCUAUGACAAGGUGGUGGAGGAGCUCUCACAGGGGUGGCAGCCCCUGCGCCCCGUGGGGCUGGGCAACUGGCUCCCCAAAACAUCCCCUGCAGCCAGCUCGCAGCCCCCCAGCACCCUCCCAGGCGGGGAGGAGGCAGAGGGGCCGGCCAGGGGGAGCCAGACCCCGCGGGGAGCCAAGGCCAGCGCCGCCCCCAAAGCCCAGCGCCGCCUGAAGCCACCCGAGCGCGUUCCCUCCAUCUACAAGCUGAAGCUGCGGCCCAAGAUCCGUCCCCGGCGCGACCACAGGCCGGGCAGACGGCCCUCCCGCAUCCCCACGCCCCUGGGGCAGCGCCAGCAGCGCCCCCAGAGACCCCCCCGGCACCCCCAGCCCCGGGCCAAGCCCUCGGCGGCCGGCAGCGGGGCCUGGCUGACCGAGGAUGAUGAGGAGGUGUGGGUGUGAGCCCUCGGCCUCAGCCCCAGCCGCCUCUGGAGCCAGGGUGAUGCUGAAGCCGGAGCUGUGGGGCCUGAGAUCGGCACUGGAUUUGCUGCCAGGUGACCCAGGGGCUCCCCUGCUCUGUUCCCCAGAGCUCCAGCUCCCUCUUUCCCUGGAGAGGGGUCUUUUCUUUUGCACUGGCAGUUCCUCAGCAGGACUCGUGGGUGGGUUUGGGUGCAAAAGUGCAUCCCCCAGCUUGAAAGGGGCACUUUCUGCAGAGGCAACCCCUCCUGUGGCUCCUAAAGCUUGGGGCACCCCACACCUGGCAUCCAAGUGUGCAGAACACCUCAGACCUCAGUCUGUGCCGUGGGACUGAUGUCUGACAGCAGGGAGCCCUGAGGAGGGCUUGAGUCCCUCAGCUUGAGGGGAGGGGGCGUCUCAGGACGUGGUUCUCUCUCAGCUCCCCAUAUGGAGUUUCCUUAUGGGUGAGGGUGGGAGACUGAGGAGUUGUCACCUGGGUGCUGAUGGUCAGGGUGACACUGUCACCCAAAGCUCACCCUGCAGCCAGGGACUGGCAUGUUGGUUGUGCAAUAGAGACACACACCAAAGCUCUUCUGUUUCAGCUUCUUCUCUGGGUGGGAGGAUAACCCUGAUGGGAAUGGGGGAGGUCGUAGCCCAUGAAGGGAAUUCCUGCUGCUGGUCUGUGUGCACGGCAAAUACCCCUCUGAGAGCUCUGGGAGGGGGAGAAGAGCCCCAUCUUCCAAGAGAGGAUGAAGGCAGCCCCACAGCCCUGCAGAGGAGCAGCAAGGAAGAGCUCUGGAGCCCCUGUGGGUGCAAAACCUGCUUGAGAAAACCCUCCUUGUGCAGGGAGAGCAACAAAUCCCCCACCCUGGAGCACGAGCAACCCGGCACCACAGGCACAGAGCAGCCAGGAGCGGCCAGAACGAGGGGGACAGACCUGAUCUUUAAUUCCAUUUCAAAGGAGAGGGUUGCAGGGCGUUACAGGCGGUGCAGACACCUCGGGAAUCUCCGACAAGAAGUCCUGAGGGGGGAAAGGAAAGCCAAGUCCAGGCAACCGGGACGCUCACCGGGGCAGGACGAGGAGGAGCAAGCAGCAUCCUCGCUGGGAGGGAGCCGAAGGCGGCAGGAGCCCGGCCCUGCCCCGGGACAGCGGCUGCGACAGCCACAGCAGCUUCUUUUGAGCAGGGCCAGGCGCUGGGUGAGCGGUAACACUUUGUACUGAGGGUGUGAGGAGCAAGGGCUAAGUGCAGGGUGCUUGGAGAUGCUGCUGUCCUGCCUGCUCUGCUUCUCUCCUUUCCCUGCCCUGCUCCCUGCUCUGCUUUUCUCCUUCCUCUCCUCCUCUCCUUGCCCUGCUCCCCUCCCUGCUCUGCUCCCCUCCUUCCCCUGCUCCUCUUCUUUCCCUGCUCCCCUCCUUUCCCUGCUCCUUUCCCUGCCCUGCUCCCCUCCUUUCCCUGCUCCCCUCCUUCCCCUGCUCCCCUCCUUUCCCUGCUCCUUCCCCUGCUCCCCUC